UACGGCUACAGAGCCGCUUACAGCGCGUCCUAACAGACCUGACAAGACCUGGGGCGCCGCGAUGCUGGGAACACUGGUCUGGAUGCUCGUGGCCGGCUUCCUACUGGCGCUGGCGCCGGGCCGCGCUGCAGGCGCGCUGAGGGCGGGGAGGCGCCCGACGCGGCUGCGAGGCUGCGCGGACCGACCCGAGGAGCUCCUGGAGCAGCUGUACGGGCGACUGGCGGCCGGCGUGCUCAGCGCCUUCCACCACACGCUGCAGCUGGGGCCGCGCGAGCAAGCGCGCAACACCAGCUGCCCGGCAGGGGGCAGGCCCGCCGACCGCCGCUUCCGGCCGCCCACCAACCUGCGCAGCGUAUCGCCCUGGGCAUACAGAAUUUCCUACGACCCAGCGCGCUUCCCGAGGUACCUGCCGGAGGCCUACUGCCUGUGCCGCGGCUGCCUCACCGGGCUGUUCGGCGAGGAGGACUUCCGCUUCCGCAGCGCGCCGGUCUACUCUCCCGCCGUAGUCCUGCGCCGCACGGCGGCCUGCGCGGGCGGCCGCUCGGUGUACGCCGAGCACUACAUCACCGUCCCGGUGGGUUGCACCUGCGUGCCGGAGCCCGACAAGGACGCGGAUGGCGCCAACUCCAGCAUGGACAAGCCGGGCGCCAAGCUCCUGCUGGGGCCCAGGGACGGCCCCGCGGGGCGCUGAGGCCGCGGACUGCCCGCCUGCAUCCCCGCAUCUCCAGGCCGAAGCCAUCGGUCGCGGCCCGCAGGCGGCUUUGCAAAUGCUGGUCCAGUCCAGCCUGUCGCUGCUGCUGCGUGCUUGCCCCCGAGAGAGAGCUCCAUAAGCUUUAAAUAUAUAUGUACUUUAAAGUAGAGAACACAUAUGUACGACUAUUUUGAAUAGAGGCAGAAACUAUUUUUAUAUUAGUCAUUUAGGGCAAGUAGAUUUUUAAAAUUUCCUUUAUGUAUAAGCAAUUUAUAAACACCCCAUUUUCUUUCUUUUAGACGUGUAAUUGGGGUACUCGGAUAAAGUCCUAUUAGCUGGCACUGUGUCCUGGGUCUCUGAAUUCAGCUCGUUGCCAAGGCUGACCUAGAGUGAAAUGGAUGCUCUGAAUCUGACCAUUCAUCCACUGAAGGCCUCAUAGGUCGAUGCCAGUAGCCAUAGUCGCCGAAACCCAGACUUUUAUUCAUUAGGAAUAGUAUCAACUUUAAAAAAAAUUUUCCCCCACUUUUGAAAGCCACUGAUUUCAAUUUGUGGCAUGAGGUGGAAUGUGACAUCUUUGCCAGUUCUUAGUGAGAUCCAAGCACACAUUGGCUUAGUUUUAUGGGCUUUUGGAUAUUAGGAAGCUGAAUAUUAGGAAGACAAAGGCCAAAAUAGUUCCCAGAGAUCAGUAUUGAGGCCUGGCUUCUGGGUUUUACAAUGUGAACUAAACCCUUACAUCUCCUUUAGGUUGAAAGUGAGUCCCUGAACACAUUGUACAGAUUCUUUUUAGUCAUUAAAACAGUGGUAGAUGGAGGAUAUGCUGCAGUGUGCAUUUCAUUCUUUCCAGAUUUUGCUUAGGUGAACUAGUUUGGGGUAUUGGGACAGAACUCAGGUCCUUGGACAUUCUAAGUAGGGUGUCUGCCAGUGUCCUGAUUCACUUUCAGAAGAAACAGUAGGCCAUUUGUUGUUCCACUUUUGAGAUGAGCUCGCUAUGUAGCCCAGCCUGACCUGGAAAAAAAUCCAUCCUGUGCCUCGGCCUUCUGAGUAGGAAGAUUACAGGUGUGAGCCACCACUGCAGGAUAAAAUAAUAUGCUAUCUAAGGUCUU